GUUCGGUUCGGUUUCGGUCCCCUGCACAAUACCUAUAGUUCCCUGUGGAUGCGGAUCCAACUGAGAUUGUUAUUCGCUCCUGCUGUGCCACUGCUGCUGCUUGAUAUAAGCUGAUAGAGGCCUGACAGAAAACAGAUACAGAUUGGCUAUCGGUCGUACCGCGCGUGGUCACUUCCGCAUCCGGUGCUGCAUUCCACUGCACCGUGGGAGUAAUCUCAUUAAAUAUAAGUUCGUGUUUGAUCAUCGCAGUGCUCAAGGAGGACUUCCGAAAGGAAGAUGUCCUGUGUUUGAGUGAAGAAAUCCGCGACGACGACGGCCAAAGGUGAUAUCGCGCAUGCAGACGGGGGUGACGAUUGAAAGGAAGGUGUGAAAAAUAGUGCGGGUAUUUCGGAGGAAAAUUCGAUCCACUCGAAGGUAGAAGCAAGGUGGCAGAGGACACUAAAAACAGCAGCAGCAAGAAAAGAGUCACAAAGUAGCCGAGAGUGAUAGUGUUACUUUUCAGUCCACAUUGGCUCGUUGACAAGAGUGUCGCGUUUUUCCUCGGUUCUCUUUCUCGUCAUCUGGCCAACUUUAGUUUGUUUGAGUUGUGAGAGUGGUUGUUGUUGUUUCUAUUGGAGUAUUGGUGGUAAACAAAGUCCACCCCCUGCUUAGGGACAGUAAAACGAGGAAAACAUUCAGUCAGUAAAUUUGAAUGUUUGAUGAUGUACCCACUCUGUGUUUUCAUACAACUAAGACAAAGCUACGCAACACGUUGAAGUCGUAGAAUUGUGCCGCUAUUAAACAUUCAGAAGUAUCGAACGGUGGGAUUUCGUUGAUUCUGACCUAUGCUGCUAUUGACAUCGGCUAUCGUUUCUAUAAAGGUCGACAAAAGCGAACCAAAUCAGAACUGGCACAUUGUAGUGCGGAUGUUUUAACUCACAUUACGUUGAAUUUGAUAUUGCUGCCAAACGAACCACAAGCCACAACUGCAACAAAGUUACAAUCAUUUGAAGCAAGCCAAACGGGAAUCACCAACUAACCAGCAAGCCACAAGGACCACCAAUAGAGACGGGUACUAAUCAACAGAAAGUGCAAAAAAAAAACCAAAACCGAAGGGCCAUGCGAACUUUGUUGCCCUGCAUUGAAUGCGAAGAAUAGAUUCCGUUUGUGGGGCCAAUAAUUGCUGCAACAUUGUGUGCUGCGAGUGGAUUGAUACCAACUAGCGCAUUUAGCACACGACAGGACAAUGGAGCGGAAACUGCUGUACGCGUUCCGGGGGUGGAUUGCAUUCGUGGCCUUCAUGGACCUGGGGACGGCCGUUCGAUGCUACAUCGAACGGAGGAGCUUUCUGGGCGAUCACUCCGAGACGCAGUUCAUUGAAGGCGAUUAUACCAUCUCUCGGAUACUGGGGAUCUAUUGUAUACUGAAAGCCGUAGCCCUGGUGCACUGUACCCUCUACAUCCACUACAAACCAGUCGUCAGCAUGGGUGGCUGCUCGCUGGCCAUCACCAUGAUACUCUACAUGACCGAGGCCUUGUACUUCCGCUCGACGACGCUUAACUUUUACGUCAUCUUUCCGUGCAUACUUAAUUCAAUGACCCUCGUAGGGUUACUCUACAUUCCUCGAAGGCUGCGGUUGUGGGAGCAACGAGGCGACAACGACGACGAGAACUCCCAGCUUCUGAAACAGAUGGGUGGUUACAAGAAGCGAUCCCGGGCACAGAAAAACAAAACUCCUUGAAUUUUCUUUGGGAUGGUUUAAUGAACCACCAACACUUCGACCAUCCCCGCGCAGCAGGUAACUUCUAGUUCUUUCAUCACAAUGCAACAACUUUAUCAUACAAGGAACGUUUGAAACUAGUCAACUAUUUUUACUACUCUUUUAGAUAUAGAAAUUGAGAAAAAAAAUCUUAUAAAAGACACACGUCUAAAGCGAUAAGCAAAUUAAUUGGAUUGCAAAAAAAACAACAACAAACACAAUGUGAACAUGAAAAGCUUUAAUACAUUUAUAGAGGGUAAAGACAUCAACAAAUUAACCAAUUGAAACCAAUUAAGAGUAAUUACUUAAAUCAAUUUGUAGGGUAACCAAAUAGCUAUGCAAUGAAAUCAAUUAAAAGCGGAUAAAAAUGAGAUAAACGUUCAGUUGCACUCGAUUGAACGAUUAUAAAAAAAUUAAAUAAAUGAAGCGAUGAUGGGGACAUUAAUAAAUUAUCAUUAUUUUAGUAAAUCACAUCAAAAGCGCGCUUUUGCACUAUCGAGUCUGAAGCACAGUCCAAUCGGAAUGCAUUAAACGAUAACGCAGUAGAUAUAAAUUUAUCGAAAUCAAAAACAAAUCCCCCGGCACACAUUGAAUUUAUGCUCCCACGGUACAUAUUGUAGAGAUGAUAGUGAAACAGAAAAACCAAUAUCCCACCCCACCCCUUUUCGGAUCCCCUUUUAGAGAGUCCAUCCCACACAAAAAAUGUCAUACCCGUUUACCCGACUCUUGGAAAGAAUAUACAAAUCAACAUUUUUUUAAAACCUUCUUCGCUUCAGAGGCCUCAUAAGCAAUUGAAUGCAGUAUUGGAAUGCGGAGUGUCACACAAAAAGGAAACGUUCAAUUCGUUCUAGAUUAGGACAGACUCAAAAGAAGGAGAGUCGUAAGUUAGAAAAGAAAAGCAAAGUUAUUGUGUCGAUUUCAGUUUGAUUGAUAGUUUGAAAUAAAUUGAAUAGCAUAAGUUGGUUAGGAACUAUAACUUGUUUAUGCCAAUUUGUUAUCGCAUAUAACGAUGCAAAUAUCUAUUCAUUGCAUUUUACCCGUAGAGCAAUAGAAGAACAAUAGUUUCUAGAUGAAUGCCAAAGCAGAUACAAUUUGAUGCAUUUUGAUAUAUGACUAUUUUCCGAACAAACAAUUUGAUAACGAAUCAAUUAUUUUGACAACACUGACUAUUUUGACAGUAAAUGAACUGCCUGUGAAACGUGCUCUAGAGAAGAGGUGGAACCUCUCCGCAUUUAGGAGAACGCCUCAAUAUUAAUAUGACUGUGCAUUUGGUUCAGACAUUGCGUUCUGCUCCUCUUUUCAUGUAAUUCAAAUGUUUUUUUUCAAACAAUCGUAUUAAGUUUUAGUUUUUUUUAUGAAGUGAAAUUUUCUUUGGGCAAAAUUGUUAGGAAUUCCCAUCAUUUGUAAAAUUCCUUUCAUUUUUUGCCUAAGGAAGCUCUUCUGAAUUUUUCACCAAAACUAUGGUUGAAAUUUCAGUAGUUCGAAAUGAUGCACAUUUCCUUGAAGUUACAGAAGUUUACCGUAAAAAGCAAGUUAAACAAUCGUUUUCGUUUACCGUUUGUGGCAUCUAAUGGAAUUUUGUAUUAUAUCUGUCAAUAUUUCUUGUGUUGUCAAAUUCGUUGAUAGAUAUUAAUUGUUUAAUAUAAUAAGAAAUGUUAAGGACACUCCUCACGGAAUCCAAAUUUAAAAGUACUCGCGUUUUCAAGGGCAUACUGCUCAAUAAGGAAGCAACUCACAACUCACUGUCAUUUUUAUUGAUUUAGUUUUGCUGCGUCGCAGCAUGCGUGAAAUAAUAAAAAUGACAGUUGUGCGUUACUUUCGUUCAAGUGGUGUGCCCUUGAAAAGUACUUUAAUAUUUGGAUUCCGUGCAACUUAAUACACCACUUAAUACGGAAGUAACGUCGCAUCGCAGCAAGCGUGAAAUAAUAUAAAUGCCAGUUGUGCGUUACUUCCGUAUCGAGUGGGGUGCCCUUAAAAACGCGAGUACUUUUAAAUUUGGAUCCCGUGGGAAGUGUUCUUAGAUCACGGUAUAGUAACAUUACAAGCAAACAAGCAGUACGAUUAAACCGAUAGAAUUUGAUUCCGAAAAAUGAUAAAUUUAUUAAUAUGCAUUGUUUGUUGAGUUUCUGAAACGUCGUUGUUGAGUGUUUUUAUUAGUUAGUUAGUGGCUCCGUAUCACGUACAGUGUAAAUUUAAUUAAAAAUUAGUUAUUUAACGGAAUGAAAUUUAGAACUUUAAAUAUCAGUAGGAAUAGGACAUCACUUGCAUAAAAUUACACAAGACAUAAAUCUUAUAGUGAACAAAUUAGGUCACGACGAGAUGCAAUUUAAAACGCUUGCAAGAAGAUACACAUAGGAUAAAUCUUUUACAGUAACAACAUCAAAGCACGGACGAUGAUGAUCAUUUGAUACACAUAGAUUACUUGAUGAUAAAAAAAAACAUUUGCGAUUGAUAGAU